GUUAUUGUGGUGUGUAACUCGGCUGUGUAAAGACAGAGAACAUUAUACUGUUUAUUCUUACUGCGGAUACACUGAAUUAUCUCCUUCAGCACUGAUUGUUUUGCACUAGCUGAGAGGAUGUCAGAAAGCUCCAGUGACACUGAGUCCUCUUGCGGAUGGACUGUAAUCAGCAACGAGGGCUCAGACAUCGAGACUCUGGGACCCGAGACUGGAGCAGAAUACGGUCAGGAGGCUGCAGGUGGAUCUUCCACCCCAAAGUCACAUACUUCUCCACAAGAGGAGGGUGCGGACGCAGUGGAAGAAACCUGUUUGGACGCUGCGCUUAAAGAGGAGGAGACGCUGCUGGUGGCUGAGUCUGGCACACAGAUGGUGACGGAGGCGGGUUCGGCGGACCAAGUGACCCUGUGCUCCUCCAGCGAUCACUCGGACAUCAUCACCCUCGGCGACUCCAAGGAGGCUGAGCUGGGGGUGUGGGAGGGUCCCGUUUCUAAGGAGGAUGAGGAUGCAGGAAUCGAGGAGCUGUACCUAGGGACGUCCUCGAGCAGUCACUACACGUUCAGUGCGGCCGAGACGAUUUUGCCAGUGGAGCGUCCCGUGCGCCGAGGCUCCACCAGCUCCAGCACCGAGGAUGAGGAGGGUGAGAUGAAGGCCGGACUGCAGGUGAGGAGGCGCAGGCUGAGGAAGAGCACCACUGGAUCCGAGCCAGACGAGCAGCAGGAGAAAAAGGAGGAAACUGAAGAUCAGGAGGAGGUCGAGGAGCAGAGAGAGGCUCGGGUUCUACAGCAGCGGGAGAACAGCCGCACCCUCAACAAGUGCAUCCUCCUCGCCCUCAUCAUAGCCAUCAGCAUGGGCUUCGGGCAUUUCUACGGCACGGUGCAGGUCCAGAAGCGACAGCUGUUGGUGGAAAAGAUUUGUAUUACCGACCCAAGCGAGACUCAAGAGAUUCUUCAUGGUCAGAAAGAGCAGGACACCAACGGCAAGGAUGUGGUUAAGCGUCUGAGAGAAGAUCUAGAGGAGAAGCAGGAUCUGGUGACGUCACUGACAGGCAUCAUGGAUAAGAUCAACAAAGAGAAUCAGAAUCUGAGAGCCAAAGAGGCCGAACUACAGGUACAGAGGCGAGACCUGCUGGAACAGUUUCAGCAGGCCAGGAGCGAAAUGGAAUCUCGUCAGAAGCACCUCACCUCCGAGAACCGGGCACUCAAGAGCACUCUGGAACGAGAGGAGGCGUCUCUGCUGGCCCUGCAGGACGAGCUCCGGGGUCUGCGGGCUCAGAUCCGCGAGCUGGAGGAGAAAGGAGCCGGCGCCGACUCCGUCCUGUCUGAGAACCAGCGGCUGAAGGGCGACCUGCUGGAGGAGAAGCAGAGGAUCCGGAGCUACCUCAGCCAGAAAGAGGCGCUCAUGGUCGAGGCUCAGGCGCUGCGCAAGGAACUGGAUAAAGAGAGGAAAGUGACGGACAAGCUGAGGGAAGAUCUGGAGGAGAUGAGCCAGCGGGAAUCUGAGGCGCAGGGCGAGGGAGAGGAUUCGGAAACCGAAGAGCUUCAGAUCAGACUUCAGGAGCUGGAGAAGAAGCUGAGCUUCGAGCAGCAGAGAUCUGAUCUUUGGGAGAGGCUCUACGUAGAGACGAAGGAGGAACGCACCAAGGGUGAUACCCAACCCAAGUCCAAAGACGGCAUGUUGGGGAAGGUCACGGAGACGUUUGACGCCGUGAAGAAUUCUACAAAGGAGUUUGUCCACCAUCACAAGGAGCAGAUCAAGAAAGCGAAGGAGGCCGUCAAGGAGAACCUCAGGAAGUUCUCCGAUUCGGUCAAGUCAACGUUCAGGCACUUGAAGGACUCCACGUCCAGCGUUUUUGAGAGGAUCCGAAGACCACAAGACAAGAGAUUCAACGAAAGAAAAGAUGCCAAAGCCAAUCAGCACGAAUCCCAGACCAAUGACUUCAACGAACGUUCUUCAGAACAACAUUGGCAGCACCACCAGCCACCCCACCAACAUCCACGCAAGUCAACCAUGGACUCUUCCUUCCAGUCCAGCCAGAAGACUCGCACGUCAGGCGCCCAGAAGGACCACACCGGGACGGGACGGAAAUCCGCGCCCAAAGGAUGCACCGGCGUCUUCGACUGCGCCUACCAGGAGUCCAUGAGCCUGUUCAACAAAGCCAUGGAGCCAAUCCGAGCAGACGAAUUUCACCAGCUCCUGCGCAGCUACCUGCAGCGAGAGGUGGGUCACUUUCGGCACUGGAGGGAGCUGGACGACUUCAUCAACAGCUUCUUCCACGACGGACUUUUCAUCCACGAUCAGAUGCUCUUCACCGACUUCGUCAGCGGCGUGGAGACCUACCUGGAGGACAUGGACGAGUACCAGGGCGGCGACGACGUGUUCGAGGACCUGGACGAUUACAUAUACAGGCACUUCUUCGGGGAAACGUACUCGCAACAGUACGGUCCGAGUCGACCUUUCGAAGGCCCGGGGUCGAAGGUCAAACGGGACAGAGAGUGCCAUCGCCAGCAAAGGAAACAUCAGCACCGGGAAAGGAAGUGGGCGCGGUCGGGGCGGAGCUCCAGACACUUCGCCGACGUCAAAAUAGAGCUCGGGCCGAUGCCGUUCGAUCCGAAAUACUAGCGAAGACUUUCCGGUUCUAGCUGUUCCUCUCGUAGCUCUCAAACUCAAGUAGCUCAGAUCGCAACGUGGGUUGAAAUAAAAGCAUCGCUCCCCUGUUCCUGCUACGUUCUUUUGGGAUUUUGCACAAAUCUAAAUGCUUGUUGAAUGUUUUUUCUGACAGUGUGUGCUGAUUUGUCGCUAGUGGUAAUGCUUUGUUAACGUUUACUUAAUCAAGCACAGCAAAAUAAUUUAAGUUCAUUAAUAAACAUCACUGGACUGGCACAAAUACGAGCUGGUUACAUUUGGGCUGUUUUUUUCACGGUAGGUGGGAUUGGGCAAACUUAAAGCCUUCAAAGAACCGUCCAAAUAUUAUGAGACAUCAUGAUGCCAAAGCCGUCUGUGGCCUGGAGUCCUGGAAAGCAUAAUUGGGGCACUUUUAUGAGGGUGUUGGUGGCAUUUCUAGCCAAGCGUAGGUAUUUUCAAGCUGAAUAAAUGGACUUUGACGAGUGCAGUGCAGCUCAGCGUUGUGUACGGAGAGACACACCCUGACAGCACUCUUCUCUCGUCUCUGUGCAGGCGCCAUCAAUCAGCCAGCAGCAGUCAUGAGAGAGAGAGACCCCGUCCGGCUUAGACCCGCCCAUAUCUGAACAACAGGCCAAUCGUUGUUCAUGUGGCCGCUCGCCCUUAGCCGACAGGCAGAGCCGAGAUUCGAUACGAUGUAUUCGAGAUCCCAGCUCUGGUUUCAGCGUGUGUUUUUACCGCUGCGCCACCUGAGCGGCCUACCUGAGCUGUAUUUUCUUUAAAAAAGGGGAUGGCCUGCGUCCCUAGAAACGGUAUCGGUUGUAUGAUGGAGGGUUGGAGGAAGUGCUGCUUGAAAUCGGCCCUGGGUGUGAAUGUCUGAGCUUUGCUUGAUAUUCCAGCCUCGUGCCUGGAGAUUCCAGGUAGUGCUGAACGUACCGCGACCCUGUCCAGUAUAAGGUGUAAAUAAACAAGCUUUCUGUUCAUAGUUUGUAAUUUUUUAUUUUUAUCAUCCUGGUCAGACUUGUGGCAGGUCCGGUUCCCCUCAGCCAUAGCUAAUCAUGUCUGUAUAGACGCCUGGCAGGCCGCUAGCACUGCUGAGAUCCGAACCUAUAACAGAUCGCCACCCGAACAUCUCUCUUUUUUGUUUUUAAAUAUAUAUAUAAUUUUCCCCACUCUUUCCCCCCCCCUAAUCUACUCGUGUCUAAUUCCCCUCUAUACUGAUUCGACCCUUCACCGCUGACUGAGGACGCCUCUCAACUGACAUGCGCCCCCUCCGGCACGUACAGUCAGUACAGACUGCAUUUUUCACCUGCACGAGUCGAGUUCAUACACCGACGGGCACCGUGUACGGAGGGCCGCACCCCCAUCAGCAUUGUUCCUCAGCCCCGUGCAGGCGCCAUCAGUCAGCCAGCAGGGGCCGCAGUCGCGCCGGUUAUGAGGACCUAUGAUCCGACUCUUUACCCUCUAACCCUGAACAACAGCCGAUCGUUGUCCCAGCCCAGUCGGAGAGGCAGAGCUGAGAUUCGAUACGAUGUAUUCGAAACCCCAACUCUGGUGCGCUAGCGUACUUCACCGCUGCGCCACCUGAGCGGCUCCAAACGUCUCUUUUUCUCCAUAGGUUAAAAACUCAGAUUCUUUCCAUGAGAUUGUCAGAUGUUAUUGGUUAAAUUGGUACCAGUAUUAUCAUUUGUUUAUUAUUGACCCACUUUAAAUAGUAGGCUAAUCUUUUAGGUACAAUAAUAGUCAGUUUUUUUUUAAUAUAUAUUUAUUUGGAAAGUUGCUUUUCACACCCCCAGGAGCUGAUAAUUAAUAUACGUUAAUAUAUGUUAAAUGGAAAGAAACGCAAAUGAAGGCGACAGGUAAAAGUGCCUCAAAUGGGCGCUCAGGUGGCGCAGAGGUAAAACAUGUGAAUCUCAGCUUUGCUAUUGGCCAGCCGGACGCCUGCACGGACAAUGAUUGGCUCGUCGUAACAGAGGGUGCGGUUGCCCAUUGGGAUUCCUCAUCUCUCUUAUUGAUUUGGCACAGUUUUCACGCCGGAUGCCCUUCCUGACACGACCCUCCCUAUUUAUCAGGGUUUAUGCAUCCUAUCGCCUGGUACCUAUAGGACAAUUCAGUGUCUCCAACUAACUUGACUGCAUGUUUUUGGACUGUGGGAGGAAACCGGAGCUCCCGGAGGAAACCCACGCAGACACGGGGAGAACAUGCAAACUCCACACAGAAAGGACCCGGACUUCUUGCUGUGAGGCGACAGUGCUACCCACUUAGCCACCGUGCCGCCCAUUGGGAUUCCUCAUAACUGCUGCAAUUACGAAUCCUGGUGGGGGGAUGGAUUAAAAAUGGCCUUAGCCAAUGAGCAAGCCUUCUCCGACCAACGGAGAUGACCCUGUGGCCUGUUUAAAAGUGGCACCAGCUGAUAUUUGUACCAGUCCUGUGAUAGUUCCAGCUUCCCUUGUUAGAAAAGUUGUAGAAUACACUGGUGUGAUGUUAAAUGUGUUUAAAAAUGCACUUUGUUGUAAUGAAACAGUCUGACUAAGAAAAAUGAUUGAUUAUUUGUAUCAAAUACCCGAAUUCACUCGCCUCUUAAUAACAGACGCUCGAAUUUCAGUUCUGCUGGGACCAAUUACAUUUAAUUUAAUAUAUUCGACUUUAACCAGACGUGUCCGUUACGGUGGUAUUAGAGCGUCUUAUUGAUUUAUUUGUUGGUGUGCAGUUUGGUGUGCAUUAGUGAAUGACUACUGCUGCUGAAUGUUAACACUGAUUCUAUCUACACAAUGCUGGACGUGUGCUGCAUUUUCUCUCUGGUUCUGUCAAGCUGGAUGGGUUACAUUCCAUUAUUUAAACUGCUAAAUAAAUAAGUCAUUUUGUUUGCCGUUUUGCAACUGCUGGAAAGAAAAUCUACAAUAAAAAACUUUGAUUUUG